UCUUUUUUUCCUUCGUUCUCUAUGCUUUUUCAAGCUUCGGCAAUUCUUAUUGCAUUGAUCGGGUUGAGCGUUCUAGUGAACGUCGUGUCUCAAUUAGUUGCCAAUAGGCAGGGGAACAACCCUCCGCUGGUAUUUCAUUACUUUCCCAUAAUUGGGAGUACAGUCAGCUAUGGCAAGCAUCCACUGAAGUUCUUCGAGGAAUGUAGACAGAAAUACGGAAAUGUAUUUACCUUCAUCCUGGUUGGACGACGUGUUACUGUGUAUCUCGGUGCUCAAGGGAAUAACUUUGUGUUAAACGGAAAGCAAAGCGAGCUAUCAGCAGAAGAUGUCUACUCGCGUUUGACGACCCCGGUCUUUGGUUCCGGCGUUAUUUUUGACUGUGAAACUAGCAAAUUCCUGCAACAAAAAAAGUUUAUAAAAUUCGGACUGAGCCAACCCGCACUCGAGUCUUACGUCCGAAUAAUUGCCAAAGAAGCCACCGAUUUCUUCAAGACAUAUCAUGACUUCAACGUGAAAGAAAAAAGCAAGACAGGAAUACUUGAGGUCACUUCCGCGAUGGCCGAAUUGACCAUAUACACAGCCUCCUCAUGCCUUCAAGGGGCUGAAGUACGUCAACAAUUCUCAUCAGGGGGUUCUCGUAUCGCCAACCUGUACCACGACCUCGAUAUGGGAUUUACGCCAAUCAACUUCUUUCUCCCAUCAUGGGUUCCUCUUCCUCGAAACCAUAGAAGAGACGUUGCACAACGAGAGAUGACCCGGUUCUAUACUGAUAUCAUCACAAAGCGUCGUCUGCACGAACUACAGAAGACGAAAACUAGCGCAACGGCCGAGAAUGCUGAGGCGAAGGAUAUGAUUUGGAAUCUCAUGCGCAAUAGCACAUACAAGGAUGGAAGUAAACUAUCCGACAGGGAUAUUGCGCAUAUAAUGAUUGCAUUGCUCCUCGGAGGACACCAUUCAAGUUCUGCGGUUAUUGCGUUUUCAAUAUUGAGCCUAGCUUCCAACCCUGUCAUCCAGGAAGAGCUUUAUGAAGAGCAAGUGCGAGAACUUGGCGAUGGAGAAUUAACAUACGACAAACUUCAAAGGCUCAAGCUUCAUGCAAACGUCAUCAAGGAAACGCUCCGGUUGUAUAAUCCAAUUCAUUCAAUCAUGCGUCUUGCGCGGAAACCUCUGCUCGUCCCCGUCCGAGAAGAUAACAACGACAGCCAUGCUCGGCAGCUUCUUAUACCACAAGGGGACAUUCUUCUCGCCAGUCCGGCAUUUUCUGCUCGUGAUGGUUCUUACUUCUCCAACCCCUUGAAAUGGGAUCCUCAUCGGUGGGAGGGGAAUGAUGCCAUCCACUACAAUGAUGACGACGACUCAUUGGGCAAAGGUGCGAAUAGCCCUUAUUUACCUUUUGGCGGAGGCAGACAUAGGUGUAUCGGAGAGAAAUUUGCAUAUAUACAGCUGGGCGUGAUUCUAGCGAUUUUUGUCAAAUCGUUCCGGGUUACGGCCAUUGACAAGAGUGAUGGCUCUUUAUUGGAGAUUGAUUAUUCGUCGUUGUUCUCGAGGCCUCAAUGGCCUGGUAAGGUCGCCUGGGAACGCAGACCUUGUCAAGCAUAGACGCCAGUUCCGGUCCGGGCUGCUUUGUAACAUGUCGGAACGGAUUGACAUGAGAGUUGGAUGUAUACCUCAAUUCCGGAGGUCUAACAAAGCCAGCUUGACAAUCCGAUUGUACGAUAAGCCCAGAAUCUAUCUUCAACCGUAGCAGGAACAUCCAAGGCAAGAUUAAAGCUAUCCCCAAUAAAAAAGUUAUCAUCCGCUUCAACUUCAUUUCUUCCAUGGCAAGAUGGCCGAGCGGUCUAAGGCGCUGCAUUCAAGUGGUUCUUGUAGGGGCAAACCUCUAUAGGGUACACUAUGCCAGGUCUCCUGGCAUAGAAAUUCGCAGUCUCGCAAGAGGCGGGGGUUCGAAUCCCCCUCUUGUCAAGCAUCUCUUCGGAGUUUAUAUUUUUUGUCAUCUUUUGGGCCUCCUCUUUCUCUUUUUUCUUUUUGUUGUACAAUGAUGGAGUCUGCGGUUGUGGGGUGGCGCCGAAUCGCUAAGCGUGAAGGCCUGAUCCACAAGGACACGGAACCAAUGGACGAAUUGCAAAUGAGGUGAAUUCAAGAACCUUUCGAGAA